AUGGCAGAGAAUCCUUGUGACACAGACGGGUUGGUCAAGGUCCUUGAUGAACGCUUUGAGAUCAAGAACUUGCAGGCGAGGCUGGUUGUUAACUACGCUCCACCUACUGCACGUGAUAUAGCUCGCCUGUAUAUCCCGGAUGGGAGGAUCAGUGAACGGAAGAUAACGCACGUUCGCGAUGUUCGUCAUCAACCAUCCUACAGCCUUGGGGUUGGGCCAGGUCACAUGCGGGCGAGUCAUUGUGCCGACUAG